AUGGUGAUGUGGCACACAACGGUGGAGAAAGGAAACGAGCCGGCAGCUCCAAGUGCAGUUGAUAUAGAAUGUGAAAAUCAAGAACUCACCGUUUCUGAACCAUCGAAACUUGAUGAUCUCGCCGUUGCCGGACCAUCAGGCACCAAUAAUUUCGCCGUGGCGGGACCAUCUAGAGUGAACAAUUUCGCCGCACCAGCAAACAUCAAUAAUGGUGGUUUCGAAAUAAUCGAUCCCAAUGCCGCUGGAUCAUCGGAAAUUGACGCUGUUCCUAGUGUUGAAUCUUUGUUUUCUUUGGAAUCAACGAGUGCUGAAUCAAUUGGUAGCGCUGGUGCCCAGAAACCCGGAGACGGUCAGGAAAUUCUUCAACAAAUGAAGGCAAAAUUUGAUGAAAUAUCUGACAGAAACGAUCGAUAUAGGAUUCUAACUUCCCUUCCCAAAUCCUGGACUGCAUACAAAAUGAUGCAAGAAUUCGGUGUUUCGCAACGAACUGCUCAACAUGCAAAGCAAUUACAGAUUGAAAAAGGUUUUAUGAGCACACCGGAGACCAGAGUGUGA